AGUUGAAUAUUGCAGUUUGCGGUAGUCGGUGACCAGCUGUGGAAUUUUCAUGUUUUUCGAAAACGUUUUCCGCACUUUCACUACAUAAUUAUUUAAUCUGAGUGUUAAACAAUUUGUUAAUCGUACGAUAUCGUCGGAUAACCCUGUAUCUAUAGCUGAAACGCGUGUGUAUUUAUUUGGCAGUGAUUUUUUUUUGGACUCUAGUUUUUGUGUGCAAAUUUGACACCCGUUUUUGGCGCAAGUUACUAAGAAAUCGCCACUGGAUGGUCUAAAAGGUUAAGAUGGCGGCGUUUCAAAACACAGGCCGUGGUGACUUUCGAUGAAGAAAAUGGGACACUUCCAUAGAGCCCCUUCCUUGCACAGAUCUUUAACAAAGCAGGGCUCCAGUUGUCCGCUCGAGCACCGCAUGCGUUGAUGGGCGGCGGCGCGGGCGGCGGGCGCGCGGCGCGGGCGCUCCGCCUGUUGCUGCUGCUGGUGCUGGCGCUAGCGGCGGUGGAGUACCUCUUCGGCUCCAUCCUCGACGCGUCGCCUCUGCGCACCUACCUCUACACGCCUCUGCACAACGCCACGCAGUCUUCCCUCAAGUUCACAGAAAAAUCACUGCAAAUCUGGCCUAAGAAGUUUCCGUUCACCGCAACAGAGGACUCAACGAAAAAUUUGACACACAAGGCAACAAACAGUACAAGUAAUAGGAACUCUAGCAAAGAAGCAGCGAACAUGACACGUCAGAGCUUGGCUGACAACGGCAGCACGCCGCUCUUGAUCACGAAGCUGAUGGACGGCAUCAAGAAUAUGGUGACGACUGAAGAUGGAGAGCUUAAAGUGUCGGAGCCUUCGAUGCCGCUUUGUGACGAAAUGCCACCAGACUUAGGUCCAGUGCCAGUCAACAAAACGGACAUGGAAUUGGAUAUUGUGGACAAAAAGUACCCUGACGUACAACUGGGAGGACGUUACUCGCCUCCGAACUGUACCGCCAGACAUAAAGUGGCUAUUAUUGUGCCAUACAGAGACCGGCAACAACAUUUGGCGAUAUUUUUGAAUCACAUGCACCCAUUCCUGAUGAAACAACAAAUUGAAUACGGCAUAUUUAUUAUCGAACAGGAAGGUAACAGCGACUUCAACCGCGCUAAGUUGAUGAACGUCGGCUUCGCGGAGAGCCAGAAGCAGAAGAACGGCGGCUGGCAGUGCUUCAUCUUCCACGACAUCGACCUCUUGCCGCUGGACUCCAGGAACCUGUACUCCUGCCCCAAGCAGCCGAGGCACAUGUCUGCUUCUAUUGAUAAAUUGAAUUUCAAAUUGCCUUACGAGGACAUUUUCGGCGGCGUGUCGGCCAUGACAUUGGAGCAGUUCACCAAAGUCAACGGCUUCUCUAACAAAUACUGGGGUUGGGGCGGCGAAGACGAUGAUAUGUUCUAUAGGUUAAAAAAGGUCAAUUACCACAUAGCGAGGUACAAGAUGUCGGUGGCGCGGUACGCUAUGUUAGAUCAUAAGAAAUCUGCACCUAAUCCUAAGAGGUAUCAGCUCCUAUCGCAAACCAGCAAAACAUUCCAAAAGGACGGCCUAUCGACUCUAGAGUACGAGCUGGUGCGAGUCACCCAGCGUCACCUGUUCACGCACAUCAUAGCCAAUAUAGACGAGCGUAGCUGACGGAUGUAUCUCGCCAAGCUGUUGUUUGGCGAUAGAUAACGUCUGUUCAUGAACUGUGUUACUGCAGAUACGUUUCAAGGUCCCGUUUUUGCUUUUGAAGUAAAACUUCUUUACGCACACUUGACUUGGGAAGCGAAUUGGUGAUGUAUUUCGAAAAGGGUAAUUAGUUGAGGGAUUUUAAUAUGCGUUCUGCCAUCUAUAAGCAUAGUGAAACAGUGUUUUUUUUUUAUUAUUUUAGACUACCAGUAGAUGGCGUUCUUAGAGAACUUUAAAACAAUCCUUUUUUGUACACCUCGAGAACAUGUUGCAAUGCAGUUAUGCCUUUUAUUUUUGAAAGAAGUUUUACUUCUAGCACACUUUUUUUUUAAUUCCUGUUUCGACGACGACGACGAGUUUCUUAACUAUACUUAACUAUACUAAACUAUACGUAUAAUAAGGCCAAUCUUGAGGUUGAAUGUUUAUUAACAAACAAAUUAAAAAUUAAGUUAGAAAGCGCAUGUCGUUUCAUAACGAUUUUUUUUUAUUUUUACAUGUUUUUCAAAGAUAUUGAAUAUCUAAUUAUUCUAAGCUCAUUUAUCAAAUUUAUUGUCAUUAAUUUAGGAACAAAUUAAAUUAAAUUUUUAUUAGAUGUAAUAUGACUAGCGAUUUAUACUCUCAUUUUUAAUUAUGUUUGUUGGUAAACAUUCUACAUUCAGUUUGGCUUUAGCAUAAGUUAUUAUUUUACCACAUUUAACCAUAACAAAAAAUUCUCUAAACCGUUACCGUUUGUAGAGAAUUGUUGUGUUACUUGGCUAAAGUGUUUUUCAGAUAGCAUCGGUACGGUGACAGUCGCCUGUAUGAUGUUUAGAAUACGUACUAUUAUCGUGAAUCGCGGCAAACUUUCAAGAGUGAAACGAACUGUUACCCGCACCAUCCUACAUGAAACGAACUUUAAUAGAAAGAGAAUGGUUGUGUUACUUGGUUACAGACACAUGUUCGUAAUGAGUCCUCAGAGUCGUCAUUAUCAACCCAUAUUCGGCUCACUGCUGAGCACGAGUUUCCUCUCAGAGUAGGCAGAGCAAUUUUGCAUCUAUGAAGUGCGCGCCACUGCUGGUCAUGCAUUUUAAAAGUCAAAAGCCAAACAAUAGACCAAACGGACAGAAUAAAAAAACAACCGACCGAUUUACAAUUUGCUAUAUUGAAACGUUAGAAUAUGUAAACGUUUCUCUGUAGACAAAAAUACCAGAAUCCAACGGGAUAAUUCACUAAGUUGGUCUUUAUUAAAAUAAACAUCAAAGGAACUGAAAAGUGUCAUCUACUUAUACUCCGUGCCACGAAACAAGUCCCGUAGACGCAGCGCUAAUGUUUUAAUGGCGCUCAUUGUCAUUUGGUAAUGGCGGUCUUAUUGUCAUUUAUGUAAGGCGCUGUCAAUUUUACUUCAGGUUUUAGCCGCGGGACUUCAUUCGUAGCGCGGAGUCUACCUACCGUAUAAUAUUCACGAAAUGUUGUCAGUAGGCACCGGACUCAGACCAAUUAUAGAAGGACCUGUAUCGCACUCAUAAUCACGAACAAAAUUGUCUGUCAUUUUCUGAGGAAAAGGAGCUUAGAUUUGGUAUGUAUCUUAUACUAACUAACUAGAAGUUUUUGCCCGUUUUUUACACAAUUCAAUUACAAGGUAUUUUUACGGAGCUCUUUAAGCGACGAACACGAUUACAACUAUUUAACAUCGAUUCUAUAGAGACAGUUUUUAUAAUCGCAUUAGAUCGUUGAUCAUAUACUUUGACAGAAAAGUUACGUUUAGCGAGGCAGGUCCUAUACAAUAAUUGGUCUGAGGCACCGGAUGACAUUUGUUACAUAAAAUCUCAAUUUCGUCUGUUCUUAAUCAACUAAGAUAUGUCAAAGUGAGUGCUGGGCAGUGGGCAAUUUAAAAAAAAAUGUAGAAGUCUGUAAAGAAGUGUCAAUUGAUUCGAUUACCAAAGAUUCUUUAGUCACGUAUUCGCUUUUCUACUGUUUUUUAGUUUUGUGCUAAAUAAUUUUGAAAAUCACUGUUAAAUGGAUUUCUGCAGUAUAGCGCAUUAUAAGACGCUAAGCAUGCCAAUCAUCAAUCAACGAUUUAACAUUUUAAGUUUUUUUUUAAAUAUUUUGGUUUAAAUCAAUAUUUUUAUAUAUUUUUUUUUAUUUUAAGUUCACUUAUAUUUUUACUUCUUUUUUUAAUAAUAGAUGUUAUGUACAUACAUUAAUGUUUUAUAGAAAUGGUCGAUUGUAAAAAGUAUGACUAUAAAUAUGUAAGUAGGUAUCAUAAUUCUUAUAAAAGUUAUUCAGUAAAUAAUUGUAAAACAUAAUUAUAAGAAUCAGGUGUCAAUGUCAACUAUAGGUAAUAUUUUGAGUUUAAGAUUAUUAAUAUCUCUAUUAACAAUGUCCAAGAUUUUAAUGAAAUAGUCAUAUUAUAAGUAGGUAUGUAUGUACAGGGUGUUAUUUUGGUAGGUAGGUUUAACUUUCAAUGAUUAAAUUGAUAUUAGUGGAGUUAAUGAAAAAAAAUCCAAUUUGGUAUACUUGAAAAAUAAUGGUACGAAUCGCGGAGGCAUGAAAAAUAUGUGAAAUGUAUGAAAAAUAAUGUUUUAUUCAGCAGGAUUAACCGAAGAACACCCUGUAUAAAGCGUUUUUGAAAUAAGAUAUAGCAGGACAAUAAAAUUAUUAAACAUUCAUAAUGCAAUUGAUUUCUUUUACCAUUGUUUGCUAUAGUAAACUUAAAAAUAAGAUGUACUCGUAAAAAGCUUUGUAAAUAAAUUGUAAUUUUACCUAUUAUAUUAAGCAACUCCUAGCUAAUAUAGGCACGUUAAAAUGAACAAAAUUAUGAUUAUCAUGCUUUUGUACAUGAUGAGAUUUUGAGAUCAGUAAGUACCUCAUUGUACAUGUUUCAUUGAUAUUAUGCCCACAGAUAUUCAAAUGCAACGCAGAAUCAGAAUCAGAAUGCGAAUCAUUUUUUUUUUUUGAGUGUCUUUUGGGGAUUACAAAUUCUCACUAAGUACUAGUACUUAAUUUAAGACUUGCGUCAUCAAGAGUUUCAUAUGUCUGAAUUAUAUUUUCCUUUAGUUCACACUUUAGCACAAAAAUAUAUAUGAAAUUAUUUAUCGUGUUAGUACAAUUUGUAUUAGUAUAAAAAUACUAAUAUUAUUUGUUGAUAAGUGAUAUCAGUGAGAUUGUAACGUUUCUCCUAUUAUAUUUGGGUGCAGUUUAGUUAUAAGAGAAUCAUUGUGAUAUCAAAGUAGAGAUAAAAAACCGUCACUACAGUCUCUCUUCGUUGUAUUCCAAAAAAAAAAUCUUCAAGAUGAAUUAGUGGACGGUUCUAACGAUGGCCUAUUUUUAAGAGGGGUCUAAAUUAAAAAGUCAUCCCAAUUUAUAUAUAUAAUACAAAUGUAACUCCUUUUUAAGUGUUUAUUGUACCUAUAUUCGACUUUAUGAUUUACUACGUUUCGUUUUGAUUGUAAACGAAAAUGUACUAUUAAAAUAAAAAAAAAAAUAUAAUCCUAUAUACUCUGUAAAAUUAUUAUUCUUUUUAAUUUUAAGUUUAGAUUAAGAAUAAUGCAACAAUUUUGCUGUAAAGCAAGAAGCGUAUAUUUUCCAUACUAAAAUAUAAUGUAGAGAGCCCUGAGGGCCUAGUGGCAGUUUGAUACUGUUACUAUUGCGUAAACGCAAACGCGAAUUUAUAAAGAAUUGAAACAGCGCCAUCUAUUGGCACUACUGCACAACUGUUUCAAGUCCAUAUAAAUUCGCGUUUAGGUUAACAGUAUGAAAAUAUUGAAAACUCCCACUAGGCACACUGAUAACCCAAUGGAUGAAUGGAGGGCAACUUUUAGAAUGCCAAAAUACAAGUAUAAACCAAUAUUGAACUGACCUUACAUUAUGCUCUAUCUACGCGUGCUCUCCGCUAUUUAUCUUGAAAAUGAUUCAACGAAUAAAACAAAUGAUUUAGUAUUAGUGAAUUGAAUUCCUUACAAUAUCGAUAAUAUAAAAAAUAGCAAAAAAAACCCCAUAGAAAAUGAGUUAUUUUACAAAAACAACACACAAAAUCGAUUUUUGUGUCCUCAAAUUUUAAUAGGGUUUAUAUCAUAUUAUGUAAGUUUUGAGACAAUUUCUAAAAUGCCAAAAUAUAAGUUCUCAUUAUUCCGCUGGGUAUUUCAAAUUCCGAAGUAAACCUACUAGGAUGGUGCCCAUAUUCUCGGUUUUUAGUAAAUAAAACAUAUAAAAUAAAUAUUUUUUAUUGGUUAGAGUUAUAUACCGUAUAUCAGUUACCGUUUCAAUACUGUACUUCUUAAGUUCACGUUAAGAAUUUAUAAAUAUAUCUAUAAGCGUACACGUAAUUUAUGUAAAUACAAUUAAAUUAAUAAGUUUAAAAUUUAAAAUAAAAUGCUUAAAAAAACAAUUUACCAAUACCAAACUCAAGUUAUUAUUAUUUAGUAUAGCUUUUUUUUAAAGCACAUUUUAGUUUCAUUCUAUUCGCUCUCGCGCGUAGCCAUUUUAUAUUAAGUUGUGAUUACUGCCUUCUCUACAUUUAAUAUAUUUAUGUGUAUUGUGUAUAAUAGGAGGAUUAGCUUCUAAAUUCUUCCAAAGACAAACCGUAAAACCUAAAACCCAAAUAGUAAAACCUAAAACUUGAUUUUUGUCACACUUUUCUUAACAGAGUUUUAUUAGCGAAAUUACGUUUCGGUGCGGCCUUAAAUCUUCGAUCACUUAAAAACUAGAUUUACAAAAAAUAUGUGCUACUUUACGACUUUUGAGUUUUAAAAAAAAUGGCAAUGUAUUGUUAACUUUUUUUUGAAAUUAAAAUAUGAUUGCUUUGCUUGACUGCAAGAGUUUAUAAAUCUUGAAGGACUGAAUAAGUUUUUUGUAGGUAAUAUCAAAGAUAAAUAACUACUCAAUACAACUUGUGGAAAUUUUAUAGCCGCCUAUCGUAAAGGAUUGUGUGAAUUCUUAUAUUUUAAGUGAUCGAAACCUUAAAUAAUAUUCAUGAUAAAGUAUAGGUACCUAUAAACGAGUAUAAGUAAUAGAAUUGUAAAAUUGUAAUAUUAGAAAGUAAAACUAUAAUUACAUAGGUAGGUAUAUAAUGUAACUAUUUACCUGUUCCUUUGUAUACAUAAAUAAAGCUUUAGUAUAUCUUCAUAACAUAACUGUAAUGAACUAGCAUUUUAUACAUGCAGAAUAUAGUUAAGAUGUACAUAAUUUGCUUAACCAUCCAAAAUUAUAGAUGUAUCAUCGAUAGGUAGGUACUUAAGAUUGUAAUUGCGCAUUGAUUUUCUUAUGCAAAUUUGUUUUUUUUUUAUAUAAAUAUAUUGUUUGUUUUUGAAUAUAA